AUGGAGCUUCAACAUUUCAGCCAUGAGCAUCCACUGAUCCCCAUGGAAGUGCCAAAGGAAAAAGGAGGCCAAGUUACUUGCUGUGCCGGGUGUCUGAAACCGAUCUUAGGUGCUGCAUAUAGUUGUACUGCUAUUUCUAACACCACUAAUACAGCAUGUUAUUUCUUUCUUCACAAAAGAUGUGCAGAACUCCCCGACGGCAUUAAAACCUCUUACACCACCACCAUGUGCUGUCCCUUUGCAAAAGAAAGGGUGGUUGGGGUGCUGCGGAUCAAUGUGCUGUUUGCAGAAAAUAUUGUGGUGACUUCUACUACGACUGUAGCAUUUGCACAUUUCGAAUCAGCCUUUCAUGUUGGUUAG